AUGUAUCGGCGUACAAAAUCUGAUGAGAAUUCUGAUGCUGAUACUGAUAAUGAGGUACAAGAAGUUGAAAAGGCUUCCAACGUGGGCAGUCGUAGUUGUAGUCAAGUAGUUGUUCAGAAUCAGAUAAAGAGAAAAUUCAAGAGCCAAAGUAAUUGUAGGGGUCCAAUGGAUUUACUCAUGCAGACAGACCACCAAAAAACUCAGCAAGCCACUCUUGACAGAAACAGUUCAGCGAAAGAGAAGUUAAAGAAAGAUGCAUGGAAAAGAAUUUCAGUUUGGAUGACUGAGAAUUCUAUAUCUUUUAAUACUGUUCGUUGUCCAACUUUCCAAGAAAUGAUCUAUGCAAUUGGUGAAUAUAGGAAAGUUAUGCCCGCGCCAUCUUACCAUCAGAUUCGUUCAAAUAUUUUCAAGGAACAAUUAGAAGAAACGAAGAAUUUUGUUGAUACAUUUAGGGUACAUUGGAAGAGGUAUGGAUGUUCUAUUAUGUCCGAUGGCUGGACAGAUGGGAAAAAGCGUCAUCUUAUUAACUUUUUGGUGAAUUGUCCGAAAGGGUCAGUUUUCUUGAAGUCCGUAGAUGCGUCAAACAGAACCAAUGAUGCUGAUUUCAUACGUGAGCUUGUAAAGGAGGUAAUUGAUGAUGUUGGGAAAGAAAAUGUAGUUCAGUUCAUUACCGAUAGUGGUUCAAACUUUAAAAAGGCUGGGAAGAAUUUAAUGCUUGAAUACCCAAAUCUAUUUUGGACUCCUUGUGGUGCUCAUUGUGUCCAGUUGAUGCUAGAAGAACUUGGUGACAAGCUUACACGAAUCAAGAGAGCCGUCAUUCUAGGUAAAAGACUUGUUACAUACAUUUAUGCUCAUUUUCAAGUAUUAUGCUUAAUGAGGGAUUUGACAGGUAAAGACUUACAUAGGUCUACAAAGACUAGGUUUGCAACUCAAUAUUACACACUAGAAAGUAUUCAAAAGUAUAAAACUCCUUUACAAAUGAUGUUUGUGAAUGAUAGAUGGGAAAAAACUAGAUUUUCAAAAGAAAAUGUUGGAAUUAAUGCACUUAAAAUUGUCACAAGUAGUACAUUUAGGGAAGAUGUUGAUUACUCUUGUAGAGUGCUGAAGCCUUUAGUUAAGGUUGUAAGGUUAGUGGAUAUUGAGCGCAAACCUACAAUGCCUUCUUUUUAUGAUGCAAUGAGAAUAACAAGGGAUCAACUAGAGGAGAAUUUCAGAGAAGAUGAUGAUACUAGGGCUGUAAUUAAGGCUUGCUUUGAGAAAAGAUGGAAGAAUAACUUUAACCAUGCUUUACAUUAUGCGGCCUACUAUUUGAAUCCUUCCAUAUUCUACAAUAUUGAACCUUAUGAAAUGGACAAUAAUGAGAAGUACAUAGAAAUCAAAACGGGGCUUCAUAAAGCAAUGGGAAGGCUUAUACCCAAUGAAGAUGAACUUGAGCUAGCUACAGGUGAAUUGAUAAAGUAUACUGAUGUUGUUGGGGUCUUGGGAACUCCUCCUUGCAAAAAAAGAAGAACCAAGGAUCAACCUCAUGAGUGGUGGAUUACUUUUGGAGGAAUCGAUGCGCCAAACCUACAAAAAUUUGCAAUAAGAUUAUUGAGUCUUACUUGUUCUGCUUCCCCAUGUGAGCGAAACUGGAGCACAUUUCAAAAUUACAAUAAGAAAUUGAAGCGUCGUUACAUAGAAAUCCAAAAAUAUAACGAUGAUGAUAAAGAUCGUGAUCCUAUUUUCCUGGAGGACCGUGAUGAAAAUGAUGAAUGGUUGGCUUUAAAAAAUUUGCAUGACUUGGAGGUGUAA